AUGGCGUCUACAAAGCCGACCGUCCUCCACCUUGGAGAUCCUAUUGAGUUUAAUAGAGAUUUAUAUGCUCAAAUUGCCAAUGAUUUUACAGUGAUUCGACCCUCGCUAGAGGAAAGACAGCGGGAGGUCUUCUUGAAGGCUCUCAGAGAAAAGAAAUGGGGGGGACUUUCAGGCCGUUUUCCGUCCAUUUUGGAACAGUGGAGGGGAAAUGGGACGAUGGGAUGCAGAAUUGAUCCCACUUCUGCCGUCGUCGAUGAAGGUGCUGGCUAUGACUGGAUGGAUGUCGAUAUUUUGGCCGAGCAUGGCAUCAUAUAUUGCAAUGGCGCACAGGCUUCAAGCGAGGCCGUGGCAGACAUGGUACAGCUUCCGUCUAAUUCUCGGAUUUUCGGACCUAGUCCCAUCCCAAUAUUAACAUUAAUGCAGGCCAUUUUCCAUAUCAUCUCGGUCUUUCGAAAUAUGCAGUGGUCUAUGGAUGGUGCCCGUUCUGGCGACCCUAAGCUCUGGCUCGAGGCCCACCAAAAUACAGCAGCUACUGCGCACAACCCAAACACCCAAACCCUGGGAAUAAUUGGAUUGGGAAAUAUCGGCUACACGAUCGCACGCAAGGCUUACGCCUGCUUCGGGAUGAAGAUCUACUACCAAGAUCUCUAUCGCAAAUCGAAAGAGCAAGAAGAAGCCGUCAACGCGUCGUUUUGUGAAACUCUGAACGAGCUACUGACCGUCUCAGACUGUGUUGUCUUGGCAACCCCGUUCGGUGGUUCAAAGCUCAUCACUAAGGAAACACUAGCAAGAUUCAAAAAGGGAUCCAAAUUCGUCAAUAUCGCACGCGGCUCACUUGUUGAUGAAACUGCUCUGGUUGAUGCUCUAAAGUCCGGACAUCUGUCCGCCGCGGGCUUGAUGUUCAUGAGAACGAGCCAAACAUUAACCGCUCACACAGCUGGAGGGGCAGCUGAGACUCAAAUCGGAUUCGAGAGGCUUUCUAUGGAGAACAUUCAACGAGUGCUAACCGGACAAGAGGCGUUGACUCCGGUCAACAAGCACUUGAUGAAGAAAUAG